GUAUUUACACCCCUGUGUUCAGUUGUUUUUAGUUGGUGGUUUUCUUUAUUUUUCAGGGCGAGUCGUAUUUGAUUGUGUCAUCAGAAAACAAACCGUAUAAAUUUGGAUCAUCUAGUCAAAAGCUACAUGUACACUUUUGACAGCGACAGCAGAAGUAUGUUCUCUCUCCGUGUCCUCCUGCUUACCUUGGUGCUUCUGAACUUCAGAUUGCUGACAUCUGCAGAGACUGUAGUUACAUGUGAUGGGUUUGUCCAGCAUCUCAGUUGUGAUACUGGGGUGAUCAGUGUACAAUCAGCAACCUGUGGCCGCACAAGCAGCCAAAUUUGCAGCGUUGGACGACCACCGUCUGAAACAUCUAAUACUCAGUGUUCAAUAGAUGUCCCUGCGAUCUUCAAACGGUGUAAUGGACUGAGAGAGUGUGAGUUUAACACUCAAGGACUGGCACCAAAAGAUCCAUGUUUUGGCACCUACAAGUACUACACUACCAACUACAUUUGCAUCCCAGCAGAAACAAGUGUGACUUGUCAUGGUGGAUACGGUUAUUUGAAAUGUGAAAACGGUAGGAUUCAGAUAAAUACUGCAAACUAUGGACGUACAGAUAAAACCACCUGCUCUGAAGGACGUCCAUCUGAACAGCUCCAAAACACCAACUGCUAUUCACCCAAUGCAUUGGCUCCUGUGUCCAAAAGUUGCAAUGGUCUGGAAAGCUGUGAGGUGUGUGCGACACAUACAGUCUUUACUGAUCCCUGCUUUGGCACAUACAAGUACCUCGCGAUCUCUUAUUUUUGCCUCCCAUCUGGAGUUUGUUCAAGUAUUGUCUGUGAACAUGAGUCGACUGCCCUGAACUGUGAUGAUGGGACUGUCAUAAGCAUUCACAGCGCUAACUACGGCCGUACUGACAGCACCACGUGCUCUACUGGGCGACCUGCUUCUCAGCUUGCCAAAACUGACUGCUACGCCUUGAAUUCUCAGACAGUGGUCACUAGUGGAUGUGAAGGGAAAAAAAAAACAACUGCUCCAUAUUGGCCUCCAACAGUGUCUUCUCGGAUCCAUGUGUCGGCACAUUCAAGUAUCUUUACAUCUCAUACUUCUGCGUGUUAAAGUAGAAUGACCGCUGAUCUUGUGGAUUUGACCUCUAUCAGCAUCUCUCCAAUUUUACUUUUUCUGAAUUAAUGCAUCUAAUAUGGUAUUUGCGGUCUUUCCUUUUGUAAAGACCUAGCAGGAGUAUAAUGGUAGAAUACUACCAUUGAAUUCAGUUUUGUAAAAAACAUUUCUAUGGGCCUUGCUUGUACACUUUGUUGGGAUUUUCCUUACAAUAAAUGCUUUGCAAAUGGGAA